AUUCGUGGCAAAACCCAAAAUACGCCGUAUGAAUAGAUUAUAUUAUUGUCCGGCUUUAAAAAAACAAAAUACUAUGAGUGUUCAUAAACAUUUGAAGGUGAUUGAGUGACUGGUCCAAGUGGUAGGUGCAGGUCACAAACCCAUGCGGGAAUAGGACAUGACAAUGUUCUCAAGGGUCACCUCACUUGUCCUGGGUCUUCUCUAUGUCCUUGUCCACUUCUUGUACCACAUAUUGUCCCACAUUGUGGAUGAAGUUGGCUGGAACGUCAGGCAGAUUUGUAAUCGCCUUCUCACCUGCCUCCCUGCCCACUCGACCCACGGCCAGCUCGCAAGCAUUUUCCACACCCUGAGGUUGCGGCUGCGGGCGGAUAAGAGGAAAACGCCCACACAUUUGGGAGUGGUUGUGUUUCCGAGAGAACAUUUGGGACCCCUCGAAACCUUGCUGACCAACUUAAAAGGGGUUGUAAGGAAGUGGGGUCAUCACAACAGUGAAACCCAAUUGUCCCCAUCCCACGCUGACCUUCCCGCUGGGCAGCCUCCAGCCCAUGUUGUUGAUCUCCAAGCUUUAGCCAAAGUGGUGUCCUAUGCGUGGAUAGCGGAUAUCCCCAUCGUCAGUUUAUAUGAUCAUAGUGGGUACAUCAAGUCAAAUUACAAGCAACUUAUACAUUACGUGCAAGAAGAAAUAAGUCAUAACCUUUGGGUUGUUCAGGAACGAACAGUCCUACUUCCUAAAAUUAACAUACACAAUGUCGUCGUCCACGAUAAACGCAGUAACAACAACGGUUACAUUAAUAAUGGCCAUAGUAUGAACGGUGUCAUGAAAAAUGGGAAUUUGCCAUUAAACGAUCAAGAGAUUCUAAAUGUAUGCAUUUUUGGAAGUGACGAUGGGAAAAAAGCGAUUAUACAAACUUGUAAAGACUUGUACCACGAGUUCGUUCAUUCCAAUUCGUCAUCUAAUAAUAUUUCUCAAAAGAUUAAAGAGAUGGACGAGAGAGUAGUAGAUGCAAAUAUUAAUUGCUCAGUUAAUUUAAAAUUUAUUUCCUCUGAUGAUGGUCGUACCCUGAAAUCUGAACCAGACCUUUUGAUAGCGUUGGGAAAGGUAGUUUCAACGACAGGGUUUCUUCCUUGGCAAAUACGUCUUACAGAAAUGCACUGGCUACCACCAUUGAAGCGAUUUGGCGAAAGAGACUUUCUCCAAUGCAUGUUAAAAUAUGCUAAUUGUCACCAAAGAUUUGGAACAUAAAAAAUUUGUGACCAUUCCGAAAUAGUAAAGAACGAAACAAAAUUA